GAGGUGCUGCGCCUCCUCGCGGCCGGGCGCGAGACCAUGGCCGCGGAGCCCAACGUGCUGCGCCUCGCGGCGCCGCUGGUCCUCGUCGGCGACCUCCACGGCCAGUACGCCGACUUGAUGACCGCCUUCUACGGCGGCGGCCGCGCCGGCGACGGCGCCCUCCUCUUCCUCGGCGACUACGUCGACCGCGGCGCGCGGGGCUGCGAGGUGCUGCUCUACCUCCUCGCGCUUAAGGUCGCGCACCCGGGGCUCGUGCACCUCCUCCGGGGCAACCACGAGAGCCGCGCGUGCACGGGCCACUUCGGCUUCCGCGCGGAGUGCCGGCGCAAGUACGGCCUGGGCGCCUACCACGAGUUCUGCCGCGUCUUCGAGGCCAUGCCCCUCGCGGCGGUGAUCGACUGCGACUUUGGCAAGGUCUUCGCGUGCCACGGCGGCAUCGGCCCGGACCUGAAGUCCAUCGCGGACCUCGAGGCGCUGGACCGGCGCGCGGAGCCGCCGGACGAGGGCCUGCUCUGCGACGUGCUCUGGGCGGACCCGAGCCGCGACGACGCCGGCGGCGCCGCCGUCGACGCCUGGGGGCCGAACCCCCUGCGCGGCUGCUCCGUCGUCUUCGGCGAGCGCGCGACGGAGGCGUUUCUCGAGACCAACGGGCUCACGGCGCUCGUGCGCGCCCACGAGGUCAUGGAGGCGGGCCUGUCCUGCGACUUCGGGGACCUCGGCCGCGUCACGACGGUCUUCUCGGCGUCGAACUACUGCGGCAAGCACGCGAACCUCGGCGCCGCGCUC